GUUUUUGUUUCCUUCCCUGUUUCCCUGUAUUUCUCCUCUGUGUGCAUGACCCUGGUGACCUUGACCUGAGCCAUGCACAAAUGUCACAGCUGUGUCUGCACUGACAUGAGGCCGCAGAGGAGCCGGAACCCACACCCCCUGCAGCAUCUCCGGGGCCUGGGGACCCCGUGGGAGGCAGGCCAGCCCCCAAGUGGCCACACCCUGUGCUUCUGUCUGUCCUCGAAGCACCAAGGUCCCUCCCUCUGCACAGCCGGAGCCAGAGGCAGAGACGCCAUGACCCCCACCCUCACGGCCCUGCUCCUCCUCGGUCUGAGUGUGGAACCCAGGACCCAAGUGCAGGCAGGGACCCUCCCCACACCCUCCAUCUGGGCUGAGCCAGGCUCUGUGGUCCCCUGGGGUAGCGCUGUGAACAUCUGGUGUCAGGGGACCCUGGAGGCCCUGAAGCUCCAUGUGUAUAAAGAGGAAGGCUCAGUGUACCUGGACAGACAGCCCACACUAGAGCCUGGGAACAAGGCCAAGUUCUCCAUCACACACAUGACAGAUAGACAUGCAGGACGGUAUCACUGUUCCUAUCGAAGCCCCGCUGGCUUGUCAGAGCGCAGUGACCCCCUGGAGCUGGUGGUGACAGGAUUCCAAAUCAAACCCCAUCUCUCAGCCCUGCCCAGACCCGUCGUGACCUCAGGAGGGAAGGUGACCCUCCAGUGCACCUCAUGGACGGCAUUCCAUAGGUUCGUCCUGAUGAGGGAAGGAGAACCCAGACCCGCCUGGACCCUCGACUCCCAGCGACACACCAGUGGGCAGUUCCAGGCCCUGUUUCCUGUGGGCCCUGUGACCCCCAGCACCAGGUGGACCUUCAGAUGCUAUGGCUAUUACAGCAACAUCCCCCACAUGUGGUCACUCUCCAGUGACCCCCUGGAGCUCCUGGUCUCAGGUGUGUCCAGGAAGCCCUCCCUCCUGACCCAGCAGAGCCCCGUCGUGACCCCUGGACAGAGGCUGACCCUCCAGUGUCGCUCUGACGUCGGCUAUGACAGAUUCGCUCUGUCCAAGGAGGCGGCACGUGACCUUCCCCAGCACCUUAGUCUGCAGCCCCAGGCUGGGCUCUCGGGGGCCGACUUCCCCCUGGGCCCAGUGAGCGGCUCCCACGGGGGCCGGUACACGUGCUAUGGUGGACACAACCUCUCCUCCGAGUGGUCGGCCCCCAGUGACCCCCUGGACAUCCUGGUCACAGGACAGCUCUCCUACACACCCUCCCUCUCAGUGCAGCCAGGACCCACGGUGGCCUCAGGAGAGAAUGUGACCCUGCUGUGUCAGUCCUGGAGCUUUGUGGACACUUUCCUUCUGUCCAAGGAGGGGGCAGCCGACCCUCCCCUGCGUCUUAGAUCAGAGUACCGAGAUCGUCAUUACCAGGCCAAAUUCUCCAUGAAUCCUGUGACCUCAGCCCAGGGGGGGACCUACAGGUGCUACAGCUCAUACAGCAACUUCCCCUACCUGUUGUCACACCCCAGUGACCCCCUGGAGCUCCAGGUCUCAGGAUCCUCUGGAGAGCCCGGCCCCCCAGCCACAGAUCCCAGCUCAACAGCUGGUCCCAACCGGUACCUGUACGUCCUCAUCGGGGCCGCGGGGGCCUUCGUCCUGCUGCUCUGCCUCCUCGUCGUCGUCCUCGUCCGUCGCCGGCGUCAGGGCAAAGGCAGGAAGCCGGGGGCCGCAGACCCAGAGCCCCAGGACAGAGGCCUGCAGGACAGCUCCGGGCCAGCUGCCGCCACCCAGGAGGAGGCCCUCUGUGAGAGGAGUGGGGCCGCCCUGGGGGGUGGGGGCUGGGAGGGGCUGGUGGCUGGGAGUGAGGACGGCGUUCCUGCACGUGUGGCCUCGGCCCCUCAGCCGCCACUGGAGCCCCUGGACCGCGGGGUGGGGUGUGAGCCCAGGGGACCUUGCCAAGAGCUACGCCCCCCUUUCUGCCCCAGCAGAUGCCGCCGUGCAAGACGCACAGCCCGAGGAGGGGGUGGAGCUGGACCAGCGGGUGAGACCCCUGCUCCCGUGCAGACCCCGAGGGCCCUCCUGGUGCCAAACGUAAACCAACGGACACUCCCGUGUCCUCACACCACCCGGUCGUGGCGGUGUCCCACGGGUGCCCUCUCCCUCCUUGGGCACCCCGGGGCCUCUUGCCGGGACCUCGCGGGACCUCCCACAUGCCCCCCUUGACUGGUCCUCACCCGCCGUCGGACUUCCGGUUGUUGGGGUGCUCGCCCAGGUCUCAAGAGGGUGCGUGAAGAAAGGAAUCACCCGCAGGUCUCUAGGCCCCAUUCGUUCAUUUGCCCGGCAAAUGUGCACGGAGAGCCCACCGUUUACCAGGCCCCACCUAGUGCUGCAGGCACGACAGUGAGCAAACCUGACCCACGCUCGGCGAGCUCACCUCGUGGGCGACAGACCGUAUGCGAGGAAGUGGGCAGCGUCCUGGAGUGCAAAGUGUGGCUGGGGAAAAUAAGGCAGGAGGUGGGGGUAGCAGGCGCAAAGGUCCUUAGGCAGCAACAUGCGUUUUCAGGAAGGUGGGGGUGACGGCCAUGUGGUUGGAGCCAAAUGAGCAGGAAACAGUGUCAGGAACAGAUUCAGAGCCGUAGGAAGCACCCAGAUGCCCCAAGGCUCAGGAAGUCCCUGAGGAGUCCACCAGGAGAUUGACCUAAGCUGCCUAAAAGUUCGAAAGCAUCACUCUGGCACCAGUGUGGAAAACUCACCGAGGCUGUCGAGUGGAAUCAAGGAGACGAAUCUCCCCCUCACUGUCUGUCCCCAGCAGGACGCGGAGGAUGGAGAC